AUGUUGAAGUUUCUGAUUCGUCUGAUCCUUUGGAUUCCACGGCAGAUUCUUUCCUAUCUGAAACAGAUCUGGUCACUGAAACGCUACCCGCGAGGGCCUUUUCCACUUCCUGUAAUAGGAAGCAUGUGGCGGCAAUAUGACACUUCCGUAUCGGAGAUGACUUUCAGAAAGCUGGCAAAGGACUAUGGGAAUAUCUACUCCUUAUGGGCAGGGAGUUAUCAUUGCAUAGUUCUCUGUGGGUACCAAGCCAUGAAAGAAGUACUAAUAGACCAUUCCAAAGCUUUUGUUGAUCGCCCAGUCACAGCUUACCUUUCAACUGCAACUAAAGAAAAGGGCAUUAUAUUUUCAAACGGUCACACCUGGUGGCAGCAAAGGCAGUUUGGUGUUGUUACCAUGAGGAAAUUGGGACUCGGGAAAAAAAGCAUGGAAGUUCAAAUCCAAGAAGAGGCUCAGGAGGUGGUGGAAUUCUUUGCAGAGACAAAAGGGCAGCCAUUUGACCCAUCGCUAUCCAUGAUGAAAUUAUUUUCGAACGUGAUCUGUGCUACAGCAUUUGGACAUCGGUUUUCCACUGAAGACCAGAACUUCCUGGAGUUGAUAGACAAAAUUUCCUUUCUCUUAAGGUUUGGAGGCACCGUUUCUUACUUUCUCUAUGAAGCUUUCCCAUGUAUCAUGAAGCAUCUGCCUGGCCCUCACCAGACUGUCCUAUCUUUUAUGGAGAAUAUGCUUUCGUUUGCAAAGAAGGAGAUCAAACAGCAUAAGGAGAAUCAAUGCCAGCACGAACCACAGGAUUUCAUCGAUUUCUACCUACUUCAAAUGGAGAAAACGAAAGAUGAUCCCAAUUCUACCUAUAACGAAGACAACUUGGCUCACUGCAUUGUUGACUUCUUUAUGGCUGGAGCAGAAACAACUUUAAGUUCUCUGAAAUGGGCAUUGCUGAUCAUGGCAACUCAUCUGGAUAUCCAAGAUAAAGUAUACAAGGAAAUGGAAGAGGUUUUCAGUCCAUCUCACACCAUCUGUUAUGAAGAUCGGAGGAAACUGCCAUAUACCAAUGCUGUGAUUCAUGAGAUCUUGCGAUUCAGAUAUUCCUUGUUGUUUGGGCUUCCUAGAAAAAGCGUGCAGGAUAUCCAUGUGAAUGGCUUUCUCUUACCCAAGGGCAUUAUUAUUCUUGGAGACCUGCGCUCUGUUCUUCUAGAUCCUGAACAAUGGGAGACCCCCGAAGAGUUCAACCCCCAUCAUUUUUUGGACAAGGAAGGAAAUUUUGUGAUGAAAGAAGCAUGGCUUCCUUUUGGAGCAGGAGCUCGUGCCUGCUUGGGAGAACUCCUUGCAAAGAUUGAGCUAUUCAACAUCUUCACCAGGCUGCUGUGGGCAUUUAGGGUGGAGCCACCAGAAGGUGUGGAACUCAGUGAAAAAUCCAUAAUAGGAGCAAUUGUGCAUCCCACUCCCUACAAGAUUUGUGCACACCCUCGUAUCAAGACACCACAAUCUGGGCUAACAACCAGAAGGUCUUGUUGA